CUAUUACCUAUUUAAACGAUCAAUAAAUCCUUUGUGCAUCUUGAGAUCACAUGACUUCAUUUGAUUGGUUAAGCUGAUAUGUCUGUAAAUAAUAUUGAAUGAAGAACGAAUAGUUAUGUCGUUCACAUUCCCCCAUUUAAAAUAUUUUGAAAAAAAAAUCAAUAAUUUAAUUAUGUCCAUCUAUAUAAAUACUUGAAUGUUCAUUAACGUUUAAACUUUUGAUCUCUAUCUAUUCAAUAAUAUAAUGCAUAGUUGUUUAACACUUGUAGAUUAUACAUGGAAAGAUAGUGAAGAAAGUGGUAGAUCAUCACCGAAAUAUACAAAUAAUAAUAAUGAUCAUAUUUAUCGUCUACGACGUACAGCUAAAUCAUUAGAUGGUGAUACAACAAUGAAUUCAUCAUUAAAUCAAAAUAAUAAUAAUAAUAAUAAUAAUACAAUACAAUUAAGUGGAACAAAUAGACAUUUAAAUGAUAGAAUAAAUCAUUCAUUUAUACAAAUGACAAAUAGGAAUUCAACACAUCAUCAUCAUCAUCAUCAUCAUAGUUCUAUGCUUUUAUUGAAUAAUAGACGAUUACCAAUUUAUGCUACAACUAAACAAUUACUUAAAAGACCAGAUCGUAUAUGGGUACCAGUAGGACAUUGUCGUUAUUUAUUAGAAAGAGAUUUACAUACAGGUGAAAUACAAUGGAAUCCUGAAGGUAAUGAAAUUAUUUGUACUCCUAGAAGUUUGGCAGAAAUUUGUAUGGCACGUUUAAUUCGUGAUUGGCCAUGUAUGCUACCUACUCGACGUUCAUCAUUACGUAAUAUAGUUAGUUACUUAUUUAGUUCUCGUGAUCUACAAUCAAAUCCUACACAGAAUUUUCCUACUUCAUCGACUACAUCAACAGAAACAUCAACUUCAGAACCAAGACUAUCAGCAAGUGUAUCAUCACGUGAACCUCGAUGUAAAACUGAUCGUUGUAAAUCUCAAAAUAGAAAACCUAAACAAAAACAUUCAUUAAAUAAUAAUCAUGAUAAUGAUGAUUAUGCUGGUGAUAAUAAUAAUAAUAAGGAUAUACAUAAAACUAAUAAUCAUUGUACAAAUACACCUCCAUUAACAUGUCAUGAUCUACCAGUUACUGUAUUAAUUAAUUUAUUAUCUGAAGCAAUAUUACAAAGAGAUUGUUCAGCAAUAACUGGUAUCAUAGCAAAUUGGCCAUGUGAACAAUUAAUUAUAAAACAAUUAAUACCAAAUGAAGAAUAUCCACUUAGUUUAAAUUAUAUGACUAAACCAACAUUUGUAUUAGUAAGCCCUGAAAAUGAAUAUGGUAAUCGUAAUACAUUAGUUAAAGGACCAAGUUUAUUAGAUGGAUUUAUAUUAGGCUUUUUAACAAGACAAUCAGGUUGUAAAUUAAAAUCAGUUGAUUUUACUGGAUUUGAAGAAGAUUGUCGUGUAAGUAUUGAAUUAUCUCGAUUGCCUAUUUUAUGGAUGAAACCAGAAAAUCGUAAUUCUGAAAGUGUACGUAGACAUUUAAUGGCUAGUUUACAUAUUGGUAUACCAAGAAAACGUCUUGAAGCUUAUUUUUCUAGAAUAUCUACUAUUUAUGCAUUUCAUGAAGCUGAUAUUGGACAUGGGAAACAAUUUGAUACAGUUACCAUUCAUUUAGAUUGUAACAUGACAGUGGAUGAAGUUGCUCUUGGUUUAUCAUUGCAAACAUUAACACCAUUUCGAUUUUCAUGUAAUCGUUUAUUAUUACAACGAUUACCGGAAAUUAAUUUUCCACCGUAUAGUUUAAUAAGAUUAUUUGAUCCAUUGUCAAUUACACAAUUCGAAUUGGAAGAUCCUACAAUUGGAAGUAGUAUAGCUGUUGUUCUACCAUCUGCUGUUGGUUGGCUAAUUAGUUUACGUAAUUUGAGAGCAUGUUCACUACCGUCCUGUAUACCUCCACCUCCGGAUGUUGUGCCGAAUACACCGACCCCAUCGACAUUACCACCAACUAUUGUAGUAUCGAAUACGGGCGGUUUACAAUCAAACUCAUCUCAACAAUCAAAUACUGUGUCAUUGUCCUCUUCUUCUGGAUCCUCCUCCUCAUCGUCUUCUUCUUCUACUUCCAACACUAACAAUGCAAGUGGUGCUAACAGUAGUAACAUUAACAACACUAGUACUUCUUCUUCAAUGUCUUCGACUACAAUAACAAAUAAUACAUUACAAAAUUCUACUACACCAGCAUUCACUUCAACAGUUGCUGCAUGUCGACUAUUAAACCGAGCACUUGUAUCAUUAAGAUAUUUACAAAGACUUGGACUAGCAAGAUGUCAUUUAACUGGACAAUUAAAAACUUUACUUGGUGGUUUAAGUCAACCUUUGGAGUAUUUAAAUUUACAGGAUUGUUGUCUUUCAUCUGAAGAUAUUCAUUAUUUAGUACAUCAAUGGCGUCCAUUACAUGGUUUAUAUGAAUUGAAUCUUUCACGUAAUAAUUUAUCAGUUGUACCAAAAGAAACACUUUAUGAACUUGUACAAAAUGUUUGUCUUAAACCAAGAGGUCGAUUAGUUUGUCUAUCAAUAGCUUAUACAUGUUUAUCAAUUGAACGAUUAAUUAAUUUACUCAGUCUAAUGGCUGGAAUGGAUCCUUCACAUAGUUUCAAUGAAAAUCUAGAACAAGAUAAUAUAGAUACAAAUUAUAUGGAUAAAUGGAUUGAUAAUAUAUGUACAUUACGUGUAUUAUGUAUUCAAUCAUUUAUUCCACCAACACAAUUAGAAAUUCAUCGUAUCUUAUAUAGAAUAAUACGUUUACCAAAAUUACAUAAAUUACAUAUAUUUCCAGCAUUUUAUGCAUUCCCUGGAGAUACAGAAAUACAACAACGUGAACAACGUUAUAAUCAAUUAAUACAUAGUCGUAAUUAUUUAAAACAAAAAUGUCGAUCAGAUAUUGAAUUAUUAUGAAUUAUAAUUUUGUCUCUUUUUUUUCUUCUUUUCUUCUUUUCUUUUUGUUUUUCUUUCUAAUUAUGGUUUCCUAAUGAAAAACAAUCAUGAUCACCUAAUUCAUUAUGUAAAUGAAAUGAAAUAGGAAACUAGGAAUUAGUUACUAACCAUCAGUCAUAGUGAGGGGGAGUGCCACCCUUAUCAUCAUCAUCGUUUGUUUGUUUGUUUUUUUGUAUAUCUUUUAAUGAGAAAAAACUUUUUAAAAAUGAUACACAUUGAGUGUUUCUUUUCUCUUUUUUUGGUUUUUUUUAUGAAGAAAAAAACACAAAAACAUUUCUAUGUGAAAAUAUUUUUGCCUGUUUGUUUUGUUUUGGUUUCAUUUCAUUUCAGUAUAAAAAUAAAAUAAAUUUUAUGCAUCAUUCAUUGUGUUUGUUUUGAUUUGAUUGAUUGUUGAAUUGAUUUCUAAUGUUUAAAUGAAAGUGGCCCAACCAUAGUUACUACCUUGAUGUGGUGGUCGAGCUUGCCUAUUGUGAUGGCCCAACUAAGUUACAUUGACUGGAACAUAUGUUCCUAUAGGUUCUACCAUGCCAAGCAGGUUGAUUGGAGAACGAUAAGAUUAAAAGCAGCAACUUAAGAUCUGACGGAAAAGUUGUACUACUGACUAUAGAGGGAUGUGACAGUAGUAAGGUAUUUCUCUCGGGCAACCAGCAUCUGUAGCGAUGCUGCCUUCUCACAAGGAAGGAAGGGAUUAGAAAAGGUCGACCCUAAAAAUGACACACCUCACCUUAACUCACGGAUUUCCGUCUCCGACGGUAAGGCCUUAUGAAGAAUGGAGCUAACACCUUAAAAAAAGGCCGUGUGUGAUCGACCUCAAGCAGUUGUCCCUUGGGCUCUGCGGUCACACUCUUAGGUCGUUAAGACCAACACUAAUUCAACUUCCUUUUCAUGUUCCUUGAGAAAAUACCCUUCCAUGGUGUGGGCAAACGGGAAGUGACAUCAACCAUCAUACCCGUAAGAGCACACGAGAACAAGUUGGUCACGAUCAAAUCCUUUUUACACCUCUUAAUAUCUCUCUUAUCUUCACAACUAACCCUUCUUACGUUCCUUUAUCACCUCGCGCCGCUUGUGAAAACGAUUCAAAUACGCGGAACGUUAUUCCCGGUCUCCUGAAACCAAGCUCUAGACUACGUGUAGGAGCUUUUAACGUUCGAACACUGUGCCAAAUAGGACAACAGGCUUCCUUAGCUAGGACUUUAGAAUCUCGACGAAUGCCCAGUUUCCGAAACCCCUUUACCGGAUCCGAGUAGGUAAGGACGGCAAAUCAAUUGAUGAAGUAGUGAAAAUUCAUCAGUUGAGAUGGCUAAGGGUGGCCAGAUCAGAACAUAGAACAAAUCUAUAAAGUCACUGACAAGUGGACUGAGCUAUGUUGGUAGGUAUAGACCACCUGAUUGGGCUCCGCGAGAUGAUAGCAACCGAUGGUUAAAGACCUUGAAUGACAUAGCUGAAAAUCGUUUGCAAUGGCGCAGGUGCAUCCACUCUUAGUGUCCUCCCAGAUUCUAAUCUUCUGAAUUCUUUAUGUCUCUUUUUUCUCUUUCCAAAUAUAUUUCACUGUAUUAUACUCCUUGAAUAAGAUCUUCAAACCCUAAUGUUUCCGAUUACUACUUAUACUCUUACUACCUCUACCACAAUGGGAUUUGAAUUGACAACUGCAUCUCUGUGCUAAUGUGGUAUGGCAACUCGAACUGAUGUACGUACAUACGAAGUUCUACGUUGUUGCUGACUGACUUAUAUCGCAGAGGCUGAGAUUGGUGUUCUGGACUUAACAGGCAAGGCUAGGCAGGAAGCAAGACCGAUAAAGACUCUAGGCUGCUCGUACGGGUUUUGUGCGUCAUUGGUACGGUCGAUAAUUCAAUGUUUCUCGAAUUGGCGGUGUCAUUACGUUAUAAAUUGAUAGGGGCACAAACCCACAAGUUAUAACAGUUAUCAUGGAUUGAUAAUUAUUCAUGAGGUAGGUAUUGGAUAGUUUUUUCAUUGCGCAUAUAUAACCAUAUUAGGGAUCAUAUAUAGUGCUAUACGUGAUCAUAAUGAGCCUCCAAGUUGUUGUAUGAAGUGACCUAGAUAGUGAGACUAUAAUACAUGUACA